AUGAUUCGAAACGCUCUCCUGGUGUUGGUGUUCGUGCUUAUUGGAACUAUUUCUGCUGCUACGGACGCAGACAUGACCACUGACUCAGGAAAACAACCUUCCAACAUCAACCAACUAACGCUCGUCUCCCCUGAAGGCAAACGACUCCUUCGGCAAGGAAGCGUGAAAGAAGGAGGGGUCCAUGACGCUACAGAAGAACGAGCUUUUAUCGUGACGCCUUUGAAGAACUCUCUUUACAGGAUUCUAGCUGCGUUUGGGCUUAAGCCACAGACCCUCUACGUACAACUGGGCAUCCGCACUGGUAUGGCUAAUGCGUUAUACAACCGGCUCUACCACAGCUACCAUAGGUGGUAUGCCACGUAUGGGCCCAGAGUUUACGGAUAA